UAGGAAAUGAAAAGCUACACACUCCACCAAUUAGGGUUAAAAGAACUGUUGCCAAACAUAUAACAUGCUAGAAACAUAUUAACCACUGCAAUAAUGAUCCAGUCUCUUAAGCAUAUGCCUAUUUAAAUCAAAACAGUGACCUUUUUUUUUUUUUUUUUUUGGCUGGGCAGUGUAUAUUUAAUUAUUAUUUCUGUUUAAAUCUUAGUUUAUAUCAUCAUAAACUUUAUAGUGGAAAUGUAGAAACCCAAAAAAUAUUUAAUUUAAAUUGUUAUUUCUGUUGUCUUUACUUACAAUUGACUCUAAAUAAUUCACAUUUGGAUAUGUAAUUGCUUGGCUGUACUUACUGUAUCUUGGACUUGUUUUGGUUUCCAUGUGGGUUUAAAUAUCAACUAUCAAGGUUCAUGUCUUUAAUAAAGCAUGUAACACGCAGUCAUGUGUUUACAAAUGGGAUCUGCAGUCACAGGGUGAUUAAUGAGACAGUGUGCUGCUAAUUAGGACAGUGAUUUAGUCAUUAAUGAGUGUGUGUUACAGCUGGAGGGAGCAGGAGGACUCUGGCUUGGUUCCUGUGUCACCUCUGUGUGGGGAACAGAGCAAGAGAGCAGCAGCAGCUGGCACAUCAUAUAAAGGUAUUAAUUAAUCCUGGCUGAUUUCAGUGUUCUUUGAGAAACAAUGGCGUUCUGGACUGUCUGUGUGUCUCUCUGUCUUCUCUUUGCUCUGAAUGCUUCAGCUUGUCAGAGUGGGUGGACUCAACAUGGAAAGAGAUGCUUCAAGGUUUUUAACCACGCAAUGAUCUGGAAGGAUGCAGAGAUGACAUGCUUGGACCACGGUGGGAACCUUGCAUCUGUACACUGUCACGAGGAGAACGCCUUCAUAAAACGCUUGAUCUCAAGUUCAGAAUCAUUCUGGAUAGGAGGCAAUGAUGCUGUUUCAGAGGGAACAUGGUUCUGGAGUGAUGGGUCCAAAAUGAAUGUCCAACUUUGGAACCCCGGAGAACCCAAUAACUCAGGCACUACUGAGCAUUGUAUUGAGAUGAACCAUGGAGGUGCAAAAAAUUGGAAUGACCAAGAAUGUACAAACAAGUUACCUUUUGUGUGUGCCAGUGCUGAUUUGAGCACUUCCUUUACAUGCCCAUGUUAAAUCAGAAAUAUCAUGCCCAUUCUAAAUGAUUUUCUAAUAGCUACUUAAAACAUUUUUUAAUGGUAUCUUUGACAAGUUAAGCAUGAUUAUUGAUAGUCUACUACAUUAUCUGCAUAUUUUCCCUCCACAUUUUAACUGCAGUAUCACCCAGGGUCAUCACCAUUCCCAUACAGUGCAAAUGUAACCAAUAUCAACUGAACUCAAUAAAUCAAAUAGCAUUCAGUAAUUUUUCUGAAAAUCUGUUGCACCGCAAAUGCGGUCAAAAUACAGCUCUUAGGAGAGAUAUGUUUUGUUGUUGAUGAUGUUGUUGAAUUUUUG